AUGUGGUCGAAUAUGAUCAUGGAAUGGAAAGAAAGUCCUGAAGGCACAUGGCGUAAAGACCUUGGUGGCGCGGAGAAAAUCUACCGAUUUACAUCUACUAUCUUUCGUGCAACAGGGCACGAGCACUGGGGUCUUUAUACGGCCUGUCAGGUCAAAUUCAAUGCGUAUAUUUCUUCGGAUGAGGUAAUCGUUGCGCUUCGUAAUGCGUGGAAAGCACUGCGGUUUGAGUUUCCUGCUUUGACUCUCAUCCCUGACGACUAUGAAGCUGUUUAUCCUGGUCUCAGCAAGGAGAUGAAAGUUGCUGCUCAGGACGCCGUUGAUGAUUGGGCUCAGAAGACAUUUCGAGUCGACCCUCUUUUGACCGUGGAGGAGAUACUUGCUGAUUACAAUUUACACGAUUUGCCAGAAUUAAUUUGGCUGCCUGCAACAUCACAGGUCGUUCUACUAGUUUCACAUUGGCGUUGUGACGGUCUUGGUACCUGCAUGUUACUCAACCGACUGUUCCAGUUGGUGUCGACUAAGGCAUCAGGUAUCGUGCCGGAUGACUGGACUGUCGAAAAAGAUUUGGCCAAAAUAUCGCCCAGCAUUGAGGAUGCAGCUGGGGCGCCGAUGGUCAGCAACCCGGAAAUUGAAGAGACUGCAAGGGAAAUGAGCAAAUUUCGCGCGAAGACUUUAAAAACUAUUGGCCUGCCUUACAAUGGUGACCUAACGACGCUCCCAGGUCAGACUGGGGCGCACGGUACUACAUUCACGGCCGAGAGCACAAAGGCUCUUAUCGAGGCAUGCAGGGCACGCAAAAUUACUGUGGCCGCAGCGAUCCACGCAGCUCUGGCAACUGCUGCCUUCGAGUUAACUUCUGCAAAAGAAGUAGAUGAGUACGUGACGGUGAUGGCUGUGAGCUUCAGACCAUAUCUUCAAAAGCCCUACAACACAGAAGCACAUGCAUGCCGUACCUAUGUCACUGGUAUAGCACCGGAGGUCUCGAAAAACGCCAGCUUCGAGGAACAGACUGCUAGUCUCACAGAAUUGUUCAAAAAUUGGCAUACCGACAAGAUGUCUCGCGCUUUACGGGAACUUUAUCGUGGAGCUGCACAAGCCAUCCUUUCACCCCCACCCCGACCGGCUGGACCUCCACCCAGUCCUCCCAGUGGUAUUACGCACAGUAAUCUCGGAGUUGUUGACCAAUUCAUCAAAGGAAAAUACUAUGGCGGCGAUCAGGACAGUAGCUCUGCCGAUGCUCCUUUUAUCGAGGUGACGGACUUCCGAUUCGGCGUCAGUGUCUUGACUCGUCAAUUAAUGUUCUAUCCAUGGACCUUCCGUGGACAGCUCAACUUUUCUAUCAACUACAACAACGCGUACUAUGACUCCGUCGCUGCUGAUAAGGUACUUCUUCGGAUUCAGCAGAAGUUGGAAGAAGAGCUCAACCUGGUAUUGGAAAGAUGUAUUUAG